AUGGCGGCCGUACGCCCAAUCGUGGGCUUGGCGGUUGUCCGAACCUUCUUGGUUUUCCACGUCCCGUUACUCCUGCUCGCCCCGGGCACCCAGUCUGUUCAUCUACCCGAGACCUUCGCCUGGAGCAACCUCCGGACGUCCCCGGACACCAACGUAGAACUGGGUCGUAUGGUGAGACUUCUGUACCCAGUGCGGAACGCCCAGCAGUGUCUGCGAGCCUGUUGGCUGUUCAGGGCUUGCUCCUACGUCUUGUACUCUCCCGGGAACCCAACCUCCACGUGUGUAGUCCUCGGAGAAGCCCCACCAACAAACACGAGGAGGCCGGACACGUCUGCAGUGUUGGUGGACCUCACGUCUGCCCAGUUGAGCAAGACAACGCUGUACGGGUGUGACGAGCGGCCGUGCCAACCACUGGAGAUCUGUGUGCCAGUCAAGAACGUGUACACGUACACCUGCCUUCCCACCAACCUGAUCUCCGGCAAGCUGCUCCCAGCGGCUCGCGGUCGAGACCCCUGUGCCGUUUUCCAAAACUGUAAGAGCCCUCCAGAAGUACAAGGCGGAGUGAUAGCUACAGACGGCAUGACGUCACAGCUCACAUAUUCAUGCGCAGUCGGAUACCUCAAAACGUCUGGAAAGACGUCCGUGUCCACCUGCGACCUCUGGACUGGUCAGUUCUCUCCUGUGGAUCUCGUCUGCGAUGACGUGGACUGCGGGUCCCCGCCGGACAUGCCACAGGCCAAGUCAAGCGGUCAGUGGACGGACACUUCAAAAUUUGCCUGUGACGUCAUAGACUGUGGAGAGCCGCCAAUAGUGGAUGAGGCCACCAGAAACUACACAGGCACUGUCCUAGACUCGGAGGUCGUUUAUUCUUGCCAACCAGAUGCAGACGGACAUGUUGCAACUGUGAACACAGACCGGUAUAUCGAGGUGCUGAAGAAAUUCUGGACGGAUCUGUGGAGACACCGGCACUUGGAUCGCCAAGGCCAGUGGUUCAUGCAAGAUGGGGCCAAGCUACACGUUUCUGUCAGAUCAAUGACAUGGCUAGCUGACCACUUUGGAAAUCAUGUGAACAGUCGCAGAAGUUUCUCUUCCCCUGCGGGAACCUUCACAUCAAUAUGUCAGUCAAGCGUUCAGUGGACGGACACUUCACAGUUUGUCUGUGAUGACGUCAUAGAUUGUGGAGAGCCGCCAUUGGUCGACAGAGCCACCAGAAGCUACACGGGCACUGUCCUAGACUCAGAGGCCGUUUAUUCUUGCCAACCAGGUCGAGAGUUGUGUUGUUUCUCUUCCCCUGCGGGAACCUUCACAUCAACAUGUCAGUCAAGCGGUCAGUGGACGGACACUUCACUGUUUGUCUGUGAUGACGUCAUAGACUGUGGAGAGCCACCAAUAGUGGACAGAGCCACCAGAAACUACACGGGCACUGUCCUAGACUCAGAGGUCGUUUAUUCUUGCCAACCAGGUUUUAUGACAACCCAGCCCGAUGGAGGUCCAACAGUCCUGGUGUGUGAUCAGAACGGCCAGUGGGUUGGAACCCCGGUAACCUGUGACCUCGUGGACUGUGGGGUGCCGCCCACUCUGGUCAACGCCAUAGCAUCCAGCAACGGGACAGGAGUAGGCUCAGAGGUCACUGGGUUUUGUACUCACAUGGAGUGUGAAACUUCGCUCCCGAUUCCAAUAUGGCUUCACACCAUCCAGUGCGUCACGGCCUCGUGCGACACGCCCCCUUCUGUGGACCACGCCUCCGUGAACUACACCAGCACCGCGUACAACGCGAGAGCCACGUUCACGUGCGAGCCUGGGUUUACGCUCGCUACACACUCUGGCGAAACCACCAUCGUCUGCAGGAGCGAUGGACAGUGGGAAACGGCGAACGUUGAGUGUGUCUUCGAUAAAUGUCCGCCCCCACCUGUAGUUCAGAGCGCUGAAUACUUCCCAGAACUCUCAGAGUACGAUUUAAAUGCACAAGUGGCUUAUCGCUGCUCUCGGGGAUAUGUCAUGAGUGUCUCAGAGUACGUCAAUAAGUGUGGCCCUGAAGGCUGGAACAUAACCACACCUACUUUCGAAUGCUUAUCUUUGGCAUGCGGCACACCAAAAGACGUGGAAAACGCUCGAUGGACCAUAGAAGAGAUAGACUUCCCAGAAGUUCAUUACGAGUGCUUGGAAGGUUUUCAGCUUGACGACUCCGUAGCUUCGAGCAGGGCAUGUUUCCGAAAGGAGUGGUCCAAGGAAGCAGUGGCGUGUGUCCCACUCAACUGCGGCGACCCGCCGACCGUAUCCAACACCACGAUGAGCGUUGCUGGGACAACACUGGGAAGCGUGGUACAAUAUACCUGUGACGCUGGCCUUGUCAUGACGUCCGCGCAAAACAAUAGAACGUGCAUGGACGAUGGAGAUUGGUCUACAGAGGUUAUCGAAUGUCAGCUGAAGGACUGUGGGGCACCGCCUGAUCUGAAUAACACAGUAAAAUCUUUCCACUUGACAACAUUCGGUUCACGCGUCCAAUACAAUUGCGAUUCAAAUAAUGACAUUUACAUGCUUGUCGCUGGCAAUGACUCGAAGGUCUGCAAUGAGCAAGGGCAGUGGGAAGGCGAUGAUGCGGUUUGUGAAAAUAUAGAUUGUGGAACACCUCCAAGCGUUGAUUUUGCUGAAGUCAAGUAUGAUUACAUGAACACAACCGUAGGUGCUGUUGCCGUGUAUGAAUGUCUGUCUGGUUACCGACAUGUCGAAGGAGAAGACACGAUCAGAUGUCUGCGAGGACCACAGUGGGAAUCUGUUGCUAAUUUCACGUGUGCACACGUCGACUGCGGCUCUCCACCCGAUGUAGAGUUCGCACGUUACAAUACUUCCCUUGGCACGAGAUUCGACAGCAUUGCUACCUACGAAUGCUUGUCCGGUUAUCGUUUGGUAAAUGAGACAGCUUUGGAAAAGCGCUGUGGAGAGGGUGGAGAAUGGGAAGGUCCUCUGACAGAAUGCAUUGGCAUAACGAGCUUGUCUUGUUCAGAGCCGCGUAGUGUUGAGAACGCACGCGUUGAGUGGAUAUCCCAGAAAUCUGGAGCUAUGGCUACCUACAUCUGCAACAAUGGCUUUGAGCACUGGUACUUCGAUAGGCGGGUGUGCACAAGCCUAGGAGUUUGGAGUAACGAAACAGUGAUGUGCAACCCGGUCACGUGCGGGCCUCCUCCGCUAGUGAUUAACGCGGAAGUGGCAUACCCCUCGAUAACAUUUGAAAGUGUAGCUGUGUACACAUGUGAACUAGGAAGACAUCACAUUAAUUCUCAGAACAAGACUUGCAUGGCAGAUGGCCAGUGGUCAAGCGACCAUGUCGAGUGUUUGUUACCUGUCCAAAGUUCGUGCGGCCCGCCACCGGUGAAGGAAAAGUACACCGUUUUUUCAACUUCAUGGGCCGGCCAAGCCUUUUACGAGUGUGCGCCUGGGUACUCAGGGAAUCCAACUUUUGCGCCAUGUGUGAUGGGGCAGUGGAAAGGUUGGUGGGACACUUGUGAUAGCGUGAUCUGCAAUAACAUGCCGGUUGUCAUAAACGCAUAUUUGCUUGGGAGGAUACUUCCUACGUUUGGUACAAUAGCAAACUAUGCUUGUUUGAACAACCAUGUGCCCACUGGUCAACUCAACAGAGUCUGCCAGAGCACUGGAGCUUGGUCGGAUGAGGUGAUCGAGUGCGUACCAGCCGGUUUCAACUUCUGUGCGGACCCCCCAGUGUACCCGAACGCGAUCGUGCAUUAUUCUUCCAGGCUGGAAAAUGCAAAUGCCGUGUACGAAUGUGACCAAGGAUUCAUGGGUAGAGGGGAAUCCGUGUGUAUGACGAAUGGGUCGUGGUCAGACCCGCGGCUCACAUGCCAACCAGUGGACUGCGGACCUCCGGCUCCUUCUCGCAACUCUAAGGUAUCAGCAAGUCAAACCACCCUCGGGUUCUCUGCCAUUUACGAAUGCACAAAUCUGCAGCUAGCAUCUCCAGCUAAACCAAUAAGAAGCGUUUGUACAGCCUCUGGUCAAUGGUCUGACGUUGACACAACAGAAGGAUGCAAGGUGUAUUGUCAAUUAGACCCUGGGAUGGUUACAAAUGCCAUCAGAUCGGCCUUUAACCGCAGUGUAGGUGCAGUUGUGAACUACACUUGUGAAGCAGGUUUCGCCCCUUUCCCUGACCCCAUGCUGUACCGGAUCUGCCUCAGCACUGGACAGUGGUCAAGGGGUGACUUAACCUGUAGCAACACAGACUGCUCUUCGCCGGUUGAGAUGGCUAAUGCCACAGUGUCUAUAGGAGGAACUGUUCCGGGAUUGGCAAUGACAAUGACAGGGACAAUGCUCAACGACUAUGACAAUGACAAUGAGAAUGUCUACGAAUGUAUGCCUUCGUACUACGGCUUCCCUCUGAACAAGAACGUCUCAUUUUGUAACGAGUCCGGACAAUGGACACCAGUUGAGCUCUCUUGCCACUCUUGCCACUUGGAUGAACGGCUCGACGGUGAUGGAAUGCUGAAAGACAUCCGAAGCAUGAACUUGAUACCUGGCUUGAGCACUAUUGGCGCCGACUUCGAGUGUGGCCCGUCCUUUGAGCUGGUGUCCCCCGGCAUGCCCACCUAUGCGGAGUGUGUACUGGACGCCACAGGAAGUUCCAACUGGACGGGGCUUGAGCAAACAGAGUGUGCGCAAGUUCGGUGGAAUAACCCGGUAAGUGAUAGCAAAGAUCGUACCUUAAAAGGAUAG